GGUGUGAUGGAAAGAGAGAUGGAAGGACAGAAGGAGAGGAAUUUAGUGAGGUUUUAUGGGAAGAGAGGGGAGAAGGCAGUAGAGGAGGGUGCAGAGGGGAGGAAGGGGACGAGACAGAAGGGAGUGAGGUUUAUGAUGAAGAAACCAUUGAGGAGGAUUGUUUUUAAGUAAAAUGAGUAAUGGCAACAGCAGUCUUGAUAAAUUUCCUCAAACAGAAAAGAGCAUUAAAAAUAACAGAGAAAAGAGGAUAACAAAUUUUGAGUCCUUUCUUCAGAAGUUUAAGGAGAUUAAAAAGAAAUAGCUCAAAGAAGACCUUCCAAAUGACCACGUUAAAUAUUAAUAACAAGAUGAGGAACGCCUUUCGGGACAUUAAUAAGUCAUGAGAGAUAAAACCAAUCGAAGAUCAUCAUAGGUCAGAGAUAAAAAUUGAUACCUCUAAUUGUGUCACAAAGAUUGACUUUCCAACCUGAUCUAGUACUCAAAGGAUAUCAAGAAAUUUAUUCAAACCCAGAAGGAUCGAGACAGGGUCUCAUGGCAGAAUUCCUCUACUUAACCAUACAAAAUGACUUAGAGGGAUAACACCUGAGAUUGGAGAAAAUAAGGCUAUGAAGCUUCCAUAUCCUAAAUGGAUGAGAACUCAUCAAUCAAACACCUCUACUUUUAACUGUAGUAGGAAGUCUUCUCCUAAAAUAAAUUUCCUAGAGUCAUCCAUCAUUACUGAGCAAAAGAUUAUUUUUGAAAGAAGGAAGAAGUCUCUCAAGACAAAGAUUGUUUAUAAAAUUCCCAAAAUAAGGCAUAUUCGUGUAAAGAGGAAGUUCAUAAAACUAAAAGAUUUCAAGAUAAAGCCAAUAAUAAGCAGCAAGUUAUUGUAACUUCUGUAUAAUAAGAGUAAAUUCAAAGCUGAUCCAAUAAAUUUUGACCUAUACAUGAACUACAAAGGGAUGAUUUGC